AUGGUGGAGGAGUCAAUGAGAGACUUACAGACAAAGAUUGAUAAGAUGGAUGAGAAGGAUCAGUUCCAUAACUCAAUCAAUGUGUUUAAAGAGGAGAGAGAUAAGUUGAGGACUGUAUUCGAUGAGUUCUAUACAUCACCUUCAAAGUCAUUAUUCUUGGCAUGGUGGAGGACUACCGUGGAGGAUAUUAGAAGAGCAUUGAUAUUGACAUCGAUAGAGGAACUGAAAGAGGUACCUGAAUACACAAACUUGGCCGACUCAAUAUGUCCAGAACUGAUAGACUUUGAGGAGUUGAUAAAGGGAAGGAAUGAUAAUGACCAGUUGACCAUACUAUUCCACAACCUGGCCGCAUCAAGAGAGAAUGACAGCAAUGUGUUCAAGGGACAAAGCGAAAUCACAAAUGUAUAUAGUAACACCUUGAAGGAUCCAAAGUUUGCCAUUGACUUCUUGUUGGUAAUGAGGAGUUACUUAUUAUUAUCAUUCAUUGUUAACAUUAUAUUGGUGUUUGAGACUGAAGCAGAGGCAGCAUUAAGUGAGUUGCAAUAA